AUUUCCAGAAUAAUGUUGCGUAACCUGUGCACGCCAAGCUUAGUGCUGACCCGCAGCUUUCACUGCUCCAGAACCUUGUCAAAAGUUAGAGCUGGAAGAUACAGGGUUACCCUGGACAGAUCUAGACCAUUGACCUACGAGAUGGCGCUAAACCCUGACAAGAUCGGAACAGAGAAAUCAUUUAAUUCCUUUAACACUGGUCAGCUGGAGGAUACCUACGGACUGGCUAAAUCUCGUCAGAUUGGAGCAGCGCCCCUCUCUCAUAAACUUUUUAUGGAAGAUUUAUUUAUUAGAAAAUUUUUAAAGGGAACCUGGAGUGAAAUGUUCCUGAGUGAAAUAAUCGUGAAGCGUCAGCAUAAUACAGUUCGUGUCUCCGGACUUAUACUCAAGAAAAUACAGACCAGGAAGAUCUAUUUCCUUCUCGGAUACACAGAGGAGAUGCUCUCACUCUGGCUCAAGUGUCCGGUUAAACUUGAACUUCAGGUGGUGGAGGAUCCCAAGGAUGUUAUUUAUAAAUAUAUUUAGUUGUUGAAGAAAACAUGGAAUUCCUUAUUUCAGA